AUUAGUGCAAUACGAUAAAAAUUUAGCAUCAAGAAUUUGGUCUGAUUUUGAAACUGUUUUAUCUGGAAUGGCGGCGCUUUUCAAGUUUUACGAAGAACAUCUUAAACGCCUCGGGCCCUCUGAAGAUUUAGUUUAUGGACUUGAGGAAAUUCUCAACUACAUCGAUAGUUUACAUGAUUGUUGCUGUUUGGUCUUUAAUGAUUUGUUACUGACUUACGAGCCGAAAGAUAAGAUUUGGAUUAAAAACACGAUUACUGGCAAUAUUUUAGACCUUAAAAAUUUAAUUGACUCUCACUGAAUUUAUUUCAAGGC